CUCCAUGCCACGACUUGCUGUUUCGUUCCAUCUUGUGUAGCGGCGAAUCAGUGAAGCAGCGCCGCGGCUGUGUUGACAGUAGGCCUCCCUAGCCUGCAAUACUUCACCUUCGUCUCUUGCCGUGUCUGUCUGCGACGGGGCUGCGCAGUGGUUCUGUAGCACUCUGUCAGCACACCCAGCGGAUCUCGCGAGAGCGGUGGCGUGGCUGGCUGGCAGUGGGGCUGCAGCAGACAGAGGGAGAAGGCAGGCAGCAUCAUGGCGGACAGAGACAGUGGAAGUGAGCAGGGAGGAGCAGCUACAGGCCCGGGCGUCGGUUCCUUACACCCAGUGACAGGAGGGGCGGGUUCGGUUUCCGGGCUGCAGCACGAGACGCAAGAGCUAGCCUCGAAGCGGGUUGACAUUCAGAAUAAACGUUUCUAUCUGGACGUAAAGCAGAACGCAAAGGGCCGCUUCUUGAAGAUAGCCGAGGUCGGGGCCGGAGGAAAUAAGAGCCGCCUCACACUCUCCAUGUCCGUGGCUGUUGAGUUCCGUGACUACCUGGGGGAUUUCAUCGAACAUUAUGCUCAGUUAGGGCCCAGCAACCCGGACAUAGCACAGGAUGAGCCCCGACGGGCGCUAAAGAGCGAAUUUCUGGUGAGAGAGAAUCGGAAGUAUUACAUGGAUCUGAAAGAGAACCAGAGGGGCCGGUUUCUGAGGAUUCGACAGACCGUGAACCGGGGCCCGGGAUUGGGAUCCACGCAAGGCCAGACCAUCGCUCUUCCUGCACAGGGACUUAUUGAGUUUCGUGACGCUUUGGCCAAGCUUAUCGAUGACUACGGUGUGGAGGACGAACCGGCGGAGUUGCCGGAGGGAACCUCCUUGACUGUGGAUAACAAACGGUUUUUCUUCGACGUGGGUUCCAAUAAGUAUGGGGUGUUCAUGAGGGUUAGCGAGGUGAAGCCAACGUACCGCAACUCUAUCACGGUGCCCUACAAAGUGUGGUCCAAAUUCGGUAAUACCUUCUGUAAGUACGCGGAUGAAAUGAAGAAAAUCCAGGAGAAGCAGCGAGAGAAAAGGGCAUGCGAGCUACAGCAGCAGCAAGAGGAGCACGGUGAUGACGGAGACGAUGAUUGAUAAACAGAGCAAAAAAAAAAAAAAACAUGCAAAAAGAGAAAAUCACAAAAAGAGAAAUUAUAAUUAAAAAGAAACUUUACUGUAAAAAAGAAACAUAAAGAUUUAACUAUCUGUUUAUCUCCAAGGGAGCACCACCCACCCACACACCAGACUGACAGUUACGACUUGUUUCCACUCAUCGCUGGAUGUUACCCACCUAUCCACCAUUAAAACAGUAAGCAGCUGCUAAAACAAAGUAAUAACAUUAUAUAUGAACUGUGUUUCCUACUUGAUUAAAUGAUAAAGAACUGA